CCACAUUGCUCCAAACGAGGAGGAGCUUGCGGGCUCAAGUAGGGGAUGCCAAUCAAAACAUCAACUUCAAAUUGUAUCUGAGAGAUCAGCCUGGAAGACCUCAGGGCCAGGCGCGUCAGUCGGAGCGCAAUUGUUGAUCAGAUCACAUCCAGCGGACUCUGCAGCGAGAAAAAGAAGAAAGAGAGGAAGCCGAGAUUUAAGAGUGGUUGGCUCUGACUGCUCACCUCUGCAUGUCUGUAGUAGUCGAGGUUUUGGCUUAAAACACUUUCCCUCUUGCGCCUGCUGGUUCUUUCGUUUUUCGUGUUGUCCUCCUCGUGUACACUUUUUGCGCAUAUUUUUUUUUUCUUUUUCUUUUUUUUUUGUCUUUUUUAACUUUUUUUUUUUUUUUUUGGUCGAAGGAGCUGUGCGACAAAAAAUAAUUAAAAAAAAUAUAUCCAGCGGUUGGAGAUGUCUUUCCCGCAGUUAGGCUACCCGCAGUAUCUAAGUGCCUCCCAGGCGGUGUACGGGAGUGAGAGACCGGGAGUGCUUACGCCUUCAUCCCGGGGAGGGAGCACGGAGAUCAGUGGAAGUCCGUCCGCCACGGCGGCGGCGGCCGUCACGUCGGUCCUGGGCAUGUACGCAAACCCGUACGCACACAACUACAGCGCAUUCUUACCUUACACCAGCGCGGACCUGGCUCUUUUCUCACAAAUGGGGUCCCAGUAUGAGCUUAAGGACAGUCCUGGCGUGCAUCCGGCCACUUUCGCAGCACACACGUCCCCGGCCUUUUACCCAUACGGCCAGUUCCAGUACGGGGACCCCGCCAGGCCCAAGAAUGCCACUCGGGAGAGCACCAGCACCCUGAAAGCCUGGCUUAAUGAGCACAGGAAGAACCCGUACCCGACUAAAGGGGAGAAGAUUAUGCUGGCCAUCAUCACCAAGAUGACGCUGACGCAGGUUUCCACCUGGUUCGCCAAUGCCAGGAGGAGGCUCAAGAAGGAGAACAAGGUGACCUGGGGGAACAGGAGCAAGGAGGACGGGGAAGACGGGAACCUGUUCGGCAGUGGAGACGAGGCGGAAAAGAACGAAGACGAAGAGGAGAUCGAUUUGGAGAGCAUAGACAUAGACAAGAUCGACGAGAACGACGGGGAUCAGAGCAACGAGGACGAUGACGACAAGUCAACGGAGGGGAGCAGGGAGCACAGAGGUGGGAUAGGCGCGCCUGGAGACUUAGAAAGUUUGGAGAAAAGACGAGCCUUCGCCCUGCAGGCCCACGAGGCCUUUGAGAAAUCUAAGAGUGCAAUGUCGGUUCACGCAGGGGGCAAGGAGAACUCAGACGGCAACAACAACACCACACGAGUUCUGUCCCCCGACAGACCUGGGAGUUUCCCUCUUCCCUCUAACAAUAAACCCAAAAUCUGGUCUCUGGCAGAGACUGCGACCAGCCCCGACAGUUCAUCUCAGAAACCUUCCUCCCCUUGUGCGCCAGGGGCCACGACCAAUCACCCAUCGGCGCCCCAUCACCAGAUCCAAACCCACCCGGCCUUCCUCCCCAGUCAUGGACUGUACACUUGCCAGAUUGGAAAGUUCCACAACUGGACAAACGGGGCCUUCCUGGGCCAGAACUCCCUGCUGAACGUUAGGUCUUUUCUGGGGGUCAACCAGCACCAUCACCACCAUCCCAGCAACCAUCCGCUGUCAGCCCAGCAACAGCAGCAACAACAGCCGACAUCAGUGGUUGUGUCACCGGUCGCAGCCUCCGCAGCGCUCAGUAAUGACAGCAAGGCCCCAGCAGACAACCACAGUCCCAAACACAUAGAGCAUGAAAGAUCUGAUUCGCCUCCAACACAGACCCUGAAGUCCUCAUUUCGUCCCAUUCAUGACAGAUCCUCUCUGCCUUCCAGCGCCAGGAGCCCCCAAGACGCAACGCAACGGGUCCUCACUGCUCUCUCCUCGGCUUGAUCAAGACAUUUGAUUUUGUUUCCCGUAUUUUGAAAAAAAAAAAAAAAAAAAGAGAAAGGAAAGAAGGAAAAGAGACUUUACGCUCCACAGAAAGGACAAUACGAAAUAAAAAUGCAGUGCAGCAUUGAGUCGGUACAGAACAAAUGGCGUAAUUUGGUAAUAUCCUGUGGAUGGAUGGAUUACUUCCUCUAUUGUUGUGUAGCCUAUACUCGCGCCUAUGAUGUUACUCUCUCUCUCUCUCUCUUUUUCUUCCACUUUGCCCAAACUGGCUAGGGCAUUUUGGUAGGCUUUUUACUUUAUUAUUAUAAUAUUAUAAUUAUAAUUAUUUGUCUUUA